AUGAAUCUGAUACAUGGAAUCGUUAUCCCGGAAUUCAAAGUCCAUAUGGCAUCGCUUUUCCCCCUCGAAUUAACCACAAUUUCGUGUUGUAGCCCUUUGAAUCUUACGGAAGGAUACAACAUUAGUGCUGGAUGGAAUGUCAAUUUUGCUAUUAAAAACCCUUCCAAGGAAAUUAUUUUCUCCUACAGUGAUAUGGUAGCCAAGCUCCAAUACUAUGAUAUUGAUUGUAUUUCUUUUUGGCCCACUGAGAUUCCAGCUUUUGAACAGGCAGCAGAAGAUGGUACAAAAUUCUUGCAUCUCCUUUCCGAUCGGAUUCCUUAUGUUAUCUUUAACGACUUCCAUGCGCGGCUGCUGGCUGAAGAUAUCAGCCGCGGCCGCUCGUACCAUCAAAUUAGAGGGGAAUGUAACACAAAAGUGGAACGAAAGUAUCGCUCAAAAGAAGAAGAAGAAGGAGGGAAGUAUGACGCGUUCGCUAAGUGUUUGGUGCGACUUAAUUGUUGA